AUGUUUGAAGGCUUAAUUGAAAAGAUCCUCCUAGCUAAGCUUGGCAAAUUCAUUGCAGAUCUCGACAAAGACAGUCUAAAAGUUGCCUUAUGAAGUGGCGAUAUAACCUUACUGCCCAUUCUGUGAAUCUUUACUUGCUAAAAGUUAGUUUUAUAUUAAAUUUUUCAAAAAAAAAUUCCCAAUUUUAAUUAUAAAUUUAUGUUUAGAAUGCGGACUGUUUAAUAAAAACUGGAGAUUUAGUUAUAAGAAACGCUAUUUGCAUGCUAAAAUUAUUAUUUGAUUCAUUUUUUUCGCUUAUGGAUGGUAAAUUCAGAAAAAAUAGGAUUUUCCAAUGGUUUCUCUAAUGGAGAGGGGCGUUAGAAAAUGUUUACCUUAAACCUGAUGCACUUUUAAUGCUGCAGCUCCCUAUUAUCUUAAAAUACGGACGUAUUACCAGACUUAUUGUCAAAGUCCCUUGAGCCCACUUAUCAAGUUCUCCUGUCGAAAUACUCCUUGAAGGUUUAUACGCAGUUGCUUUACCUCAAGAAAGAGAAGAAUGGGACUACAGCGAAGAAGGAGAAAUUAUCAAGCGCAAAGAAAACAUUGAAAUGUAUGAGCAGAAACGUAAACAGCUUCAAGAACAAAAACUUUUGUCAGCUGCUGAGGAGCUUAAACAGAAAUCUUUUAUUGAGAAAUUAACCGCAAAAAUCGUAGAUAAUCUGAAAUUUACUAUAAAAGACAUCCAUUUAAGAUUUGAGUAUUCUGUAGAUAAAAACAUUUAUUUUUUUUUCUAUAAAUUUAUAAUUAUUUUUUUAGAAAAUUCACUUUUGCCAAGUAUUCAAUGGAAGGCAGAACUUUUUCAGCUGGAGUUACUCUAGAAAAAAUUGAAUGCUAUACCACAAACCAAAACUGGACAUCAGAAUUCACCGACCGCCACCAGACCAACAACGCUGGAGCUGCUAUAUUUAAGCUGUUUAAAAUUGUAAGCUUAGCGGUAUAUUGAAAAAGUGAAGAUGAAGAAGUUUUAAGCAAAAUUACAGAAGAAAGCGCAAUUAUUUCAGCUUUAAAUAGGCAGAUUUAUACUUUUAGCGAAGAGCAGCAUUUAAUUGCACCAAGUAAGGGAUUAUGUAGUCAAUGCUGAAGCGAAGAUUAUUCAUAAUAACGAUCUGACCAAUUUUCAGAGGCCUAGAUAUAGCCUGAGCUGCCUUUUGGCUCGGGCUAUCCUGAAUUCUUAUGACGUCAUCUGGGGAAUUGGUUUUACUAAUAUUGUUGGCAAAGCCAGUUCCCAAGAUGAUAAAUCUUUAAUAAGAAGUUGACUUGUCAACUGGAGAGUUGGGAAAUGUAGGAUAACCCGAGCCAAAAGGAGGCUGGGGAUAUAUAGCAUCAAUUUAAUUAUGCCAGAAAUUACAACACAUUAUCAUCAGAGACAAUUCCAUGAUAGCGUGAAACUUUUUGAGUUCUUUACUGAGCAUAAUAAAUUUCUGCUGAAAAUGUAAAUUAUAUUUACUCCUGCAUUUAACAAUGAACAAACUGUAGUUUUUAGGGUUCUACAGCGAUAAGUUUCGCUAUAAAUAUUUUUUUUAAUUUUUAUAUGUUUACUAUUAGAGUAUUUUUUUAAUGACAAUCACAAUAUAUGGCAGUUAGGGUAGGACAGCCAAGCUCAGUGAGAAAAGUCCAUGACUUCUUGAGAGUUCUGGCUUCAAGAGAAAUGAUCCACAUUGAGGCUUUUGUAGGUAGAGGUCCAAACGGACUUGGGGACAUGGGCAGUUUUAACGGUUAGGCCGGUAUUACCUACUGUUAUCCAGAGCUGUCAAUCUAUGCUAAUACUCAAGACUCAGGACUUUAAGAAGAGAAUUAUUAUUAAUAUUAAAUGAUAAUUGAAAUGGUUUAACUUUUCCUAGGAACACCCGAUUAGGAUACUUAUUUUAUAUACUUUAGCACUUAUAGCCUGAAUUUUAUGCACUUUUUAUUUUCUUUAUUCUUUUAGCUAGAACUAUAAUAAAUUUUAUAAUUAAAAAUUAUAAUAAUUUAAUCGUUAAAUUAAGAUAUUUUUAAAUUGAGUUAGAGAAAACAAAAAGAAAUUUCGAUCACUUUCACCUAUAGAAAGAAACCCAAGAAAUUUAUGGAAAUUUGCAAUAAGCUGUAUUAUAAAAACAAUAAAGCAAAGGAAAAAUAGGGCUAUUGACUAUUUUAAGACCCCAAUAAGCAUAAAAAGCUUUUAUGAAGAGCAGUUUAAAAUGCUACAUAGAAAGCUUAAGAAAAAAGGGUCAUUGCCUAUAGAAAAGCAAGAGCUAUAUAACAAGAUUAUAUACGUCAACAAAUUUGAAGACAUUUUGGAAUGGACUUUGCAUGUUUUAUCAGUUAUUGAGCGAGAAUCUAUACAUUUUACCCACAAAUAUCAUCUUUUAAUUGCAUAAAUAAUGAGUGCACCAUUUAUAUUAAAAAAUAUAAAAUUCAAGAGGAAAAACCUAAAAAGAAAGGCGGCUGAUUUGGAUUUUUAGGCAAAGGUAAAGACGCAUCCCCAAAAGAAGACGAAGAAGAAACCUACGCCGAAAUCUUUGCAAACCUCGGAGAAGUUGACGAAGCAGCCCCAGAGCUCGCCCCUAAAGACUACAUCUGGCUCUUCAUUGAUUUCCAGCUGCUUAAAGGCACUUUUGAGCUCAGCAAAACCCGCAACACUCUUCUAGGCGAAAUUAAAGAAACCCUAGAAUUCACCUAUGACAAUUUCCACUUUAACAGCGCAAUGAGAAUGAAUGGAGGGACCAUUUCUUCAGAAAUCAGCAAUCUUUCCUUAAUUUCUUAUGAUGGAGACGCCCACUUCAUGAUUUGUCAAAAAUUGCAGCCUAAUGACUUACCAUUUUUACAGAUCCAGACUGAGAUUAAGCCACUUGAUGAGGACGUUUCUGCAAGAGUGAAUUUUUUGUCACAGCCACUGGAGGUAAAUUAUAAUCCUCAAGCAGUUUCUAAAAUUAUUUCUUUUUUUGUGGUCCCAGAUGUCCAGCAGUCUGCCAAAACGGCAGCCUGGGAUACAUUGCAAGGCUUACAGGACUCAACUCAAGAGACACUGACUGACCUUUUGUAUGGGGAGGCAAAAUAUAGGGUAAAUAUUCAAGCGUCAGGGCCGAGGGUUAGAAUUCCGUCACCUACAGGCCAAGGGUCGUUUUUGGUGAGUUUAGGAGAUGUGUGUUUAACAAAUGACCCGAAAAUUCAAAAUGAUAACUAUGAAGAGUUUAAUUUGUCGGUGUCUUCUAUAGAGCUGCAGUUUAAAACGCCAGAUCAGACGUCAAUUGAUGUCAUUUCAAAGUGCGAAAUUUAUACGUCGCUAAGCUUACUUAAAACGAAAUACAAAAAACGAAAAGAAUAUGGCUUAUUCCAAGAAGACAUGCCAGACGUAAAGCUUUCAGGGGAACUGCCCAAUUUGCGGGUGUUUUUGUCGCCUUCUAUAUAUCAUCAGCUAUUAAGAAUAGGAGACAGCUUUAAGCUUGAAGGAAGCCAAGCCUCUUCAAUUACCCUGGAAAAAGAACAAAUCAUGAACUCCGCUGUUUAUUCCUCUUUUUUGCAAAAGCAAGGCAGAAAUGUCCAAAGCUGGCACAAGUUUUUUGGGAUUUUGUCAGGAGGGUAUAUUUAUUUUUUUAGAAAUGAAAAUGAUUUAAUUGCAGACUCCUAUUUCUAUAUAAAAGAUAGUAAUAUUCUUAUGAUGAAAGAUCCGCCAAACUCGCUUAAGCUGCAAAACAGAUAUGGAGAAUGUUUUAUUUCUUUUAAUUCCUUAGAAGUUCUUACUAAGUGGAGAGAAGCCUUGAAUCAGCAGAUUUUAGAAAUCAUGUCAUAUAGAAGUGCUUCAAUUAUGACUGAUAAUAGAAAAUCGAACUAUGUGUAUGCGAAUUUUCAAUUAGCGAUACCUACAAUUUCUUUGAAACUUACUAAUGAAGAAUAUGUAGUACUAUCUGAGCUGAAACUAAAUACAUUAAAAUGGCGACACAUGCCAACUUGCCCUCUUGGCGUAGCAGACCUUAUGGCUACUGCGAACUGGGAGGGACUCUGAAUCGAGAAUCAAGUGCAAGCUCAGAGGUGUUUAUUCAGGUAGGUUUCGGCUAUUUUUCUGUGGUUGGAAAUGGAGGUGCUCAGCAAUGCCCUGGAUCUGAUGGCUCAUGGGCUUUCCUCUACCGAGAAACUGGGAGUUUCGGUCCAGGCUACAGAGAACAGUCUUUUUCCUAUAGCUGCCGAAGAAAGGCACUUCUACACCCGAUAGACUCCAAGUAUCCUAGGAAUCAAGCUACUCCAAUCGCCCGUAGCAGGGCCGCAGAAAUCCAUAAGCCGCCCACUUGAGAUUGAAGCCGAAAGGCAUAGAGGAGACAGAAGAUAUCGGAAGGGCACUCGCAAGAGGGAUAGACCCUCUGGGCUGGAGUCGAAAAGCUGUACGUGAACAUAUUUGGUGACUGCGUCACCGAUAUGGCUAGAGCCUGUCUUUAACAAUCCUAAUCCUAACCUGAGCUGAAACUACAAGAAAUUGUGUUAGGUACUUCUUUAAGACCAUAUGAUUUAAGUUUGAAUAUGAAGCUGCAGUCGAUGGAAAUUGUAGACUUGCAAAGGCAUAAAGGUUCAAGCCACAUGACAAUUCUGUGUAGAAGCCUAGAUGAUGAAAAUGGGCUCAUUGAUAUGAAUUUGCUAGUCUUAGGGAAUAAUUCGCCUUUAUUUCGAGACCAAGACAUUGAAAUUAUAUUAAAAUUAGGCAGUGUAGAGCUGAACUGGAAUCCUGAUAUUUUAGGCAGCAUGAUCAACUUCUUUGAGUUCGCUGAAUAUUCAGACCCAUCAGCAGUUCUAGAAGAUACCCAAGAAAUCCUAAAGCCAGACCAUGUGCUUGCAAAUCUACGUAUUGAAGUAAAAAGCAUUGACUUGUAUCUUAACGUAGUCGAAAGAUCAUUAAGUAUCGCUUUGGCGUCAGCUGUAGAUUUUCAUAUAUUUUUUAAUGCAAAUUUGCUAUAAUUUUGAUAAAAAUUAAAUAUUCCUUGACCAAUCAUUUAUAUAUACAAAUGUCCUUAUUCGAAAUGGAGGCUAUGAAUGGAACGGUGUCCUUGGCAACCUCGAAAUUAGUGACCUAACUAACUACCCACAAACCGCCGUAUACCAACAAAUAAAGCCAUUCCGGCUAUUUUCUGUCAGAGAGCACUCAGAAAGUUUGGUAAGGUUCGACAUUUUUAUCUUCAAAGAUAACCACCCACUAAAGCCUAAAAACAUCGGAAGCAGGGUCAACGUCGAGCUGAGCUCAAUAAGUAUGAUUUAUCUGCAUCAGCCCGUCAUGAGAAUUGUAGACUAUUUUAAUAUGAAAAUACUAGGACUUUUUGACGUCGGCGCUCGUGUAGAAGACGCAAAUGACUGGUCGCCAAUAUACAAGCUCUCCACAUUAUUAAAAUCCCCUACGAUAGAAAAACUAAAAGGCCUUAUAAGCGGGGUUGUCAGCUUUUCCCAAAUUACUGUAAAAAUAAAAAACCCUAUGAUAACCCUUACACCUAGGCCUAAUUAUCCAGAAUUUUUUGUAGCUGAUUUAGGGACUAUCACAAUUUCUAACAGACAAAAAGAGACGACAAGCAGAGGAGGCAAAAUUUGGCUUGAUAUUUAUGAUAUAAAAAUGAAGGAUAUUAAUAUUCAUUCUCCUACACAAAUUGUAGCUGAAAAUUUUGACUUAAAAUUUGAGGUUGAAAGGCCUGUAUUGACGCUAGAACAGAUGGCGGGGACUGAUAUAGACCAAAGUUAUAUAAUGAAUGGGGACUGUAGAAGAAUUAAGCUGACUUUGGCACAAAGUGACUAUUGCCUUAUAUUAAAACUAUUUGAUUUGAAUUUAGCUUAUGAUGAUCAGCUAGAUGAGUAUAUAAACCCAGAUAAUACCUGCCUUAUAGCAGCUAAUGAAGUUGACCAUGGAGGAGUUUUUAUUUUUCUAAAUUUAAAUAUUGAAGUCAUUUCGGUGCUUUUUAACAGCCAAGAUGAUGAAGAAUUCGUGGAACUUUUUUCUGCUAAACAAGGUCAGAAAAAUCUGAAGGCUAAAUGAGUGGAGCGGCAUUUAUUUUCAGCGCCACCUAGUUAAAUUUAUUUUUCUAUAAAAGCUAUUGUAAAUAUUUUUUAUUUCAAAUGAAAAAAAUUUAGUCUUCACUGUUUUUUUUUUGCCAGUACCUAAACAAGUAUUAAAACUAUGGAAAUUCAAUGAUUAUGCAAUGGACGUGAAAUUUGAUAGCCAAUAUUUGCUAGGGCUUAUAAGUGAGCUUAAAGUUAGGCCUGAGGAAGCCACAGAUUGGGAAAGCGCCCAAGCUAUUUUUAGUAUCCCUAUUGAAGGGAUUUUGCAAGUUCUUGAAUAUGAAGAUGACGACACCAGGCUUUCUCAUGUGCUAUUUGGACCUUUAGGAAGCCCUGAAGAGUAUGGGGAAUCCUCAAUAUUUAGCUUUGACUUAAAAUGCAACUUUGAUGGCUGCAAAGAUAUGAUUAUUAAUAUAAACCAAGUCAGGAUUAAUUUUCAUUUAGCUGCUUUUGAGCAGAUUCAGCAUUUUGUGUACUAUGGCUUACCUGAUUAUUCAAAAGAAGAAGACACCCCAUUUGACUAUAUCAAUAAAUAUAGGGAAACAUUAAUAAAACAAUGAUAAAUUACAAUAAUUUUUUUUCUUAGAAAAGUGACUGUGUUUUUUACUUGGAAAAAUCCUAAAUAUAGACCAGGCAAAUUACAGUAAUUUUUUGCUAUAAAAUAAUGUGAGUUUCCAUAGUAGCCCUAAAAUAUAGACCCUCAAAACAUAUGAUUGGGAAAGAACUAAGCACUGAAUAUUUUGGGCCAAGAAUAAACGUGAAUAUCCUCAUAAAAGAGCCUAUUAUGCUCCUCCCAUCAUUUUUAUCUAGCCGAGUCUUGGUAGCUCAGUCUGAUAUUUCUUUUCAAUAUAUAAGGGAAAAAGAAGAAAUCGCCAAAACAGGGACUGACCCUUCAAGAACCAAAAUUUUUAUUAUCCAUGAGCUUGAAAUUUAUAGCUGUGUGCUUGAUGAUCUCGCCUCACAAGCUUCUUUUAAGCGUGUCCAGAAGCGAAGAGUCCUAGAGCCAGUCCAAGUUUGCUAUGAAAGUAAAGAAUUCAUGGUAUCCGAGCAUGUCCAAAACUAUGAAAUUUCUUAUUUAAUCGGAAGUUUCCAAAUGACAGUGUCUCACAAAGACUUACUGCUUAUGAACCAGGCCUUGAAAUUCCAAAAAGAGAUGCUAAAUCGCGAAAAAAAGGCUACAGAAGAGCUACAGAGAAAAAAAAGUGAAGAAUUUGACAUAGAAAUGGAAGAAGUCCCUGACGUAAAUGACACAGUUUUAACUUUUUCUAACAACCGGCAGUCAAUAUUUAGGUCUGCCGCAACUAAAAGGAAAAGAACGUGGAUUGUAGACAAUGAAGACGAAGACGGAAUUUCAGAAAAUUCAGGGGUCAAUAGCAUCCUUAAGUAUUCUACAAUGUCAAGCCCAUUCCUCGAGGAAUCCAAAAAUGAAGAAACGUCUUCAAUAACCAGCACAAAAUUUUCUAUUGCAGGAAUCAAUAUAAUUAUCAUUAAUGACGCUUCAGGCGUAUACAGCCCUAUUAUUGACUUUAAUGCCCUGGAUUUCCAUAUCAAAAUGAGCGAAAACAACACAAAUUGGAAUUUAGGCACCUGAAUUGGCCUGAGGUCGAAUUUUUAUAAUCCACUUUUAGACACCUGGGAGCCGUUUGUGGAGCUUUUUUAUAUUAGUUUAGAAGUAGUAGACUGCCCUGAAAACAACCCAAGGCAACAAGUCAGCAUAACGAUCGACUCAGAAAAGCCAUUAGAUAUCAAUAUUUCCGAAAUCAUGGUAAAACACCUUACGAAAGUAUUUGAGACUUGGAAUAAAAGCGACCCAUCUAAAGAGACCAAAGAAGUAGUGUCUCCUCUUGCCAUUGCAAACUUAACGGGGUAUCCUAUAAUGAUCGAAAAAACGAGGAAAAAUAAAAAAAAUGAAGCCUUUGCGAUGGUGAUUGAGCCCUGUGCGAUGCUUGAUUAUGAGCUUGACCCUAAUGAGGUCAGAAAUUUAGACCUUUCCCGGGAGCUGCUUAAUGCUACUAUAUAUAGAAAUGAAGCACCUUUUGAGCCAAUCACAAAUAUCCCUAUUAACAGAGUCCAAAGCAUCGACGUAAAUGUCACUGACGGUGGAAAUUUGAUCCCUGUCAUAUUAGAUAUUGAUCUUAUGGGCACCCGAAAAGUCUUAAAAAUAAGGUCUUCUAUUGUAAUAUCCCCUUUUUCAUAAAUAACACCAUUAUUUUUAUAUAAAAAAAUAACCGUUUAUUUAUUGUAAUUUUUAUAAAAAAUGAGACAAUAUACGAUAUGAGGAUUUUAUUUAGCAGGGCUCACGAUAUGGACGAAAGACUAUGCAAAGCAGGCGAAGAAUGCCCAGUCCCUAUUGAUUUUACAAACCACCUAAUGGGAAUUAUCCCUCUCCACAUUAACGACCACGAAUGGAAAAUGAAAAAACUCGACAAUAUCUGUUCACAAAAAAACGGAUUUUCUAUAGCUAUCAGGUCUUUAGAUUUUAAUGCAGUUUUGCACCUACAAAAAGAUAAAUCUAACCCCAAAAAAGUGACUAUUUGUAUAAAGCCGCCUUUUGUGUUUAGAAAUUAUAUGCCGACAAACAUAGGGCUUUGGCUGUUUUAUGAUUCUUUUAAGAGGCAAGCUUGUGAAGAGUAUGUGAUAGAGACCACGAAGAGUCUGCAGAUUUAUUCGACAGAGGCAAGCAUUGAAAUGCAGUGUGGGCUGGGGGUCCCAGGAUUUAGGAAAUCGCCGAAGACUGUUUUGUUGUCGAGACAUGAAAAGCCACCUAAAAGUAUUCAGCUGCUGGAUGAGAGAAAAGAAGUUUUGAUAGUAAAUGUAAUCUGGACUUAAUAAAAAUUUAUUGGAAAUAGCUAUUUUAGAGCUUUUUUAUAUAAAAAAUAGCCAUUAGUAUUAAGGUAAUAUAGGCUUAUAAUAUAGCUUUAUUAUAGACUAUAAAUUCCAAGGCAGCCAUAUUUUUACUUUUUACCCUGCAACUGUACUUAUUAAUAGCACUCUAUUACCAUUGACUUUUUACUAUAGAAAAUCAGGAACCAGCAAAAUUGUAGCUGGCCAAAAGCACCAAAGCAACAUCGUCCCUCAUCACGAAGUCCGAAAAAUCGCUAUCAGCAUUGGCGCAAGCGAAAAAAAAUCAAAAUUCUUCAAAAUCGCCACAGUCGGAGCUCAAAAUAUCAUCGAAUUUAAUGGCGAAAAAAGCAGGGCAGGGAUAAAGUCCAAGUAUCAGUUUACCUAUGAGGUCCAGCUCACUCAAGUCCUUAAAGAAGAGCUUUUAUUUACCAAAACCGUCGUGAUUUCUCCUCGAUUUCUGCUUAUAAACUCUAUGGAAGAAGACUUAAUUAUCAUGCAGUUUGGAAGCGAAAAUAAUGAAAUGAUUUUGGCAAGGCAGUCUAGAGAGCCUUACCAUUGGCCAGACUCAAAAUUAAAUGAACUGAUGUGCAUUAAAAUUGUUGGGCAAGCCUGGUCAUCUUCAGGGGCAUUUUCUGUGACGAGUAUAGGCACUUUUACAGUCCAAUGCAAAAGUACAAGAAAUCCAGGGAUUUUUAAAAUGAUUAGGGUCGAAAUAAAACUAGUAAGCAGCACUGCAUAUGGUUAAGGAAAUUUUCUAUAUAUUUUUCAUAUAAAAUUUAUUUUUUUAUUUUUUUUUUUAUUUUGCAUAUGUAAUAUUUGACGAAGAAAACGAGAAAUUUUCUUCAUAUAGGAUAGAAAACUUAUCAAAUCAAUUUUCUCUUAAAAUUUAUGCUUUUUAAUAAUAAAUAUUAUUUUAUUUUUUUAGGAAAUAAGAAGAUUUAUAAUGAUUGUAAAUAGGAUACCAGAAAAAAUGCAAAGACGAGUACCGCUGGAUUGACAUCAAUACUUACUCUCCCUUUUCCUGGUCACAGCCACUUAUGGCUCACGAAAUUGUGGUACAUUUCUACGUCGGGUCUUUAUAUGAAUACCCUGUGCAAACAGGCUGUAAAAAGGUUUUUGCCUUUAACAAGAUGCGAGACUCCUAUGUAAUUGACAUUAAAUUGACCCCAGAACUAGGCAGCAUUUUAUACGCAUCUACCACUAAUGAAGGAUCCACCAAGGUAUUACGAAUUUCUGACAGUCCGCUGAGAAAAGAAUCCACUGAGGACGAAAUGGUCUUUGUGCAGUACAACAUUGGGGUUUCCCGGUUCGGGAUUUCUUUAAUUGAGCAUUACCAAGAACAGGUGCGAGAACUCCUAUAUUUUUCUGCCAGAGAUAUCGCAAUAUAUUGCCAAAAAACCAAGCAGCAGUGGAAAAGUGAAUUUAUGAUAAAAACGAUGCAGAUUGAUAACCAGUACAAUUUUAAUGCAAUUUAUCCAGUUUUGUUAAACCCGUCACUGAUGACUCAGGACCGAAAUGUUCUAGAACUGACUGCGACACUUUAUAUAGACUCUCAUCCGAAUUGCUAUAAUUUUGAAGAUUGUGAGCUUUUAUGUAUAAAUUAAUAAAUUUGGCUUUUGAUAUAUAAAAUUAUAAUAGAAAUUAUUUAUUUAGAUAAGGAUAAUCCAAACUUUAAAUAUAAAUUUAGAAAGCCCUAUCCUUAGAAAACUUAUGGAGCUUGCAGGCAGAAUUUAUUUCCAGCAAGGCACUGUAAAUGACUCAGUUAAGCUGUAUAAGGACCAUUCUCAUCCUAAAUGGUCUAUUGAAGAAAAACUUGAACAAGAAACUGGGUUUUACUUUGCAAAAUUGAGGCUGUUUCCUAUAAAAAUAUUAUUGACUUUUGUACCGAUAAAAGAAGAAGUUGAAGAAAACAGCGAAGACACCUUUGCCACUGUCGCAAAAGCCCUUGGGAUGGGGAUUACUGCAAUAGAGUCAGCCCCAGUAAAACUUUAUACUGUAGAAAUGAUCGACGUUUUUGGCACCCAAUGGCAAAUUUUGUCAGCUUUAGAAAUUCACUAUAAAACUCAGCUUGUCAGCGAACUUUUUACAUUAAUUGGGCAUUCUGAAAUACUAGGAAACCCUAUUGGGCUGCUAAAUAAUCUUGGGACUGGCGUUUUUGACUUUUUCUAUGAGCCUGCACUUGGGAUUGUACAAGGGCCUAUCAGUGCUGGCAAAGGGCUACUUAAAGGGACCCAUUCACUAGUAAAAAAUACAGUCCAAGGGACGUUUGGGACUGUUUCUCUGCUAGCCAAUUCCUUGGCAAAAGGAAUAACGACCGUUACUAUGGAUAAAGAAUACCAAUUGGAGCGGCAAAGAGACAAGGCCAAAAAUAAGCCAAAAAAUGUGGUGGAUGGGAUAGGCAUGGGAGUUACCAGCUUUUUAAUGAAUAUUGGAAAAGGGAUCACUGGGGUAGUGGCUGAGCCUGUAAAAGGGUAUAAGAAAAAUAAAAUCAAAGGGAUGUUUAUGGGAGGCUAUAGAGGGGUGACUGGACUAGUCAUGAAACCUGUGGCAGGAGCGCUUGAUGUAGUUAGUAAAGCUGCAGAAGGGAUUAAAAAUACUGCACAAACUGUAGAAACACCAGCAAGUUUGAAAAGAAUGAGGCAUCCAAGACAGCUGAAUGGGAAGAAUUGCAUAUUGAAGCCUUAUAUUUACACUGAAGAAGAAUUAUAA